AUGGCUUCUGUCGGCUCUCCGCCCGCCCCCGAACUCCUAAAGGCAGUUCGUAACGAGCACAACAAGCCCUCCGUCUUCCGGCAGCUCCUCGUCAUCCGUCUCCUCAACGCCUGGUGGGUCCUCACCUUUUUCCAACCCGAUGAGUACUUUCAAGCCCUCGAACCCGCAUGGCGCAUGGCUUUUGGCGAGGGAAGUGGUGCGUGGAUUACAUGGGAAUGGAAGUACCAACUCCGCUCCUCUCUCCAUCCCGCUGUCUUCGCCGGAGUCUACUCUCUCGCGGAUCUCAUAGCCCAGCCUCUCCCGGCAGCUGCUAAGUCAUGGCUUCUUCUCGCCGCCCCAAAGGCCGCCCAGGCCGUCUUCGCCGCCGCCGGUGACUGGUACACCUGGCAGCUCGCUGUCAAAAUCUACGGAGCAGACAGCUCCACCUCAUGGUUCGCUCUAUUCAUGAGCAUGUUCAGUCCUUUCCAGUGGUACUGUUCAACCAGAACCUUCUCCAACUCCCUCGAGACAACCCUCACCAUUGCGGCCCUGAACUACUGGCCGUGGGAACUCCUCGGUGAAAGCAAAACUGUAAAGGAAAACCCCAAACCUGCUCAGUCUAUCCUCCACACCCCGGGAAUUCUCAUGAACCUCCGGAUUUCUCUCUUCCUCGCUGCAAUCGCCGUUCUUCUCCGGCCAACCAACAUCCUCAUCUGGGCCACCAUCGGACUUGCCACGCUCAGCCGGCCUUUACUCACCCGCUCAGUUCUCACACCGUCCACGACUCUCAUCCUCGUGCGUGAAGUUCUCUUCUGCGGCACCGCCGCACUUGCACUCUCUUUGGCCUCCGACCGACUCUACUUCGGUGAAUGGGCCUUCCCGCCUUAUACGUGGCUCUACUUCAACAUCUCCCAGUCCCUCGCUGUUUUCUACGGCCGCAACGACUGGCAUUACUAUCUCUCCCAGGGCCUGCCCUUGCUAUCCAUAGCAUACCUCCCCUUCGUCUUGAUCUCCCUCUACAAGCCUCCUUCAACUCCAUCCAAAGUCCGCUCCCUCGCUCUCAAAACUCUGGCAGGCACAGUCUACGUGAUGAUAGCGGCCCUCUCCGUAAUAUCCCACAAGGAAGUCCGCUUCAUCUACCCGCUCCUCCCCAUCCUCCACAUCCUCGCGGCGCCCUCUGUGACGUCUUUUUUCACGACAACUCCAUCCACAAAGUCCGGCAUCCCCAGACCUCGCCUUCGCCACAAGAAACUCCUAACCGUCGCCCUAUGCAUCCAUGCCCUCCUCUCCCUCUUCCUAACCCUUCUCCACCAACCGGCGCCGUUGACAGUCUUGGCCUACCUCCGGACAACCUACUCCCGCCUUAACCCGACUUCCUCUCCUACAGUCGCGACAGCCUCGCCGGCCAACUCGUCAGCAGAACUCUUCGCCCUUUUCCUAACCCCAUGCCACACAACGCCCUGGCGCUCACACCUGCACCACCCCUCCCUCCACGCCCGCGCCCUGACCUGCGAGCCACCCCUGCACACCGCCCCCAACACCCCCGAGCGCGCCAACUACCGCGACGAGGCCGACCGCUUCUACGACGACCCCCAACUCUUCAUGUCGACCGAGCUGUGGCCCGCCGGGAAGACACGGACGGAACCCGGCAGGACGGCGGGCAAACGGAUCCCGCGUUACAUCGUCGGCUUCGAGGGCAUCGAGCCGUGGAUCGCCGAGUUCUUCGCCUCCGGCGCCGGAAAGGACUUCGGCGUCACCCCCACGAGGGUCUGGCAGGGCUGGAACGGCUUCUUCAACGAGGAUUCGCGGAGGAGCGGGAAGCUCGUCGUUUGGGACACCGGGCUGUACACGACCAAGUCGUGA